AGCAAUCUAAAAUCCACAAUCUGCGAUACGAUCUCGAGAUCAUUAUCAGUGGGAUGAUCUCGGCCAGUGCUAUUAUUCGACAGUUGCGAUUUGUGGAGGACAGACGUGCGAUUAACUAAGAAAUCCGAAUUCCGAUCCUUACUAGCGAUGUAUCCGCAACUUGAAACAGAAGCCGAGGCUCUGGAAAAUGCCACCGCGCGGGCUCUUUUACCAGGUGCCAUAAGUAAACCCGCCAGUGAAGCCGGAAAGGCUCCCAAAACGAGCAAAUGGAAACGCCGCCUACAUCGCCAUAUUCCGGUCUUCCAAUGGCUACCACUUUACACCACCGAAUGGGGAAUCGACGACUUUAUAGCCGGUAUUACCCUGGGACUCACGAUCAUACCCGAAAGUAUGGCCUGUGCCCUAUUGGCAGGUCUGCCAGCUCGUUACGGAUUGUGUUCAGCGUUUAUUGGACCCCUGAUAUAUCUGAUCUUUGGCUCCAUCGACAAAGUCAUCAUCGGACCCACCAGCCUGGUGGCUCUGGUCAGCGUCCAGUUCACCGUGGGACGACCCAUCGAAUUCGCCUUCCUGCUCACCUUUCUCAGCGGAAUUGUACAGAUCAUUAUGGGCACCAUGCAAAUGGGCUUCAUCUUUGAGUUUAUCUCUAUGCCGGUGAUCAAAGCCUUUUCAUCGGCCACUGCCAUCCUGGUUAUAGAAUCUCAGCUAAAAGUACUGCUGGGCAUUAAGUACUUAGUAGCGGGACUUCUAAAUUCAGUUGGAAUGCUAAGUUCCCGCAUUGAAGAGUCCAAUAUGGCAGAUCUCAUAGUUGGGAUUUGUGCCAUUGUUUUUUUGCUCCUCUUGGAGUUAUUGGAUCGAGUAGCUAGUAAUGAAAAGCGAAGCAAAAUUUUAAGGAUAUGCUGUCGGUAUUUGUCCACUUCAAGGAACACAUUGAUUGUACUCAUUGCUGGCAUUGUCUCCUAUAUUUGGAUUCACAAGAGUGGGCAAGUUCCAUAUGCUCUCAGCAAGAGUGCCCUGGCCACUCUGCCCAAUUUUACAGUGCCAAGUUUGAAUAUUGUAACCCCCGAGCGUAGCUACAGUUUCUGGGAGGUUUUAAAGGAACUUAAUAUUGGUAUUAUAGUCAUUCCAAUUGUUGGCAUACUGACGAAUAUAUCGAUUGGAAAAUUAACUCCCAAGGGAUUGGUGGAUACGAAUCAGGAGCUCCUCACCGUAGGCCUAUGCAACAUGUUCGGAUCUUGUGUCCAGGCAAUGCCUUCAUCAGGAGCCUUUACCCGUUACGCCAUUAGCACUGCCUGUGGCCUCAGGACUCCAAUGGCCAAUCUGUAUUUGGGCAUCAUCGUGCUGCUGGCCCUGAGCUACCUGAGUCCGUACUUCAACUACAUCCCGGAAGCGACGCUGGCGGCCAUCCUGAUAUGCUCGAUAUUCACGCUGCUGGACUUCAAGCUGCCGAUGCGAUUGUGGCGCGACUCGAAGCGCGACUUUGCCACCUGGUUGCUGUGCUUCCUCGUGUGCGUGCUUUUUGGCGUGGAGGUGGGCCUGUUCGUGAGCAUUGUGGUGACCGCCCUGCACCUGCUCUACCUGUGGGCACGUCCCGAGAUCCGGGUGAAGAUUGAGCAGCUGGAGGAGAUGCAGUACAUCCGGGUGACGCCGGGCAACGGUGUCUACUUUCCGGCCAUCAAUUAUCUGAGGGAGCGAGUACUCAAGGCCUGUACCCAGGCGGACUUUAAGAUUACGGUGGUAAUCGAUGGGCAAAGGAUCAAUGGUAUGGAUUAUACCGCUGCCCAGGGUAUAUCGAAGCUAUCGAGUGAUCUGUGUAGACAGGCAGAUGCCUCCAGUUCUACUCUCCUGAUCCUGUUCAGAUUUCCGGAGCACUUGCAACGCCUCAUUGAUCACACGGAUAACUUGGUCUUCUGCGAGAGCGAGAACAAAGUCAAGGAGUUCUUAACUCAGGAGUCCCUGCGCAAUGGCUACAUAAACCUGAAGGAGCACAUAAGGGCCUCCAUCGAUUUGGGCUAUAAAAUCGACAUCGAUUAAGGAAUACCUACCUGCAUAUUCCGCCCCCUAGUUAGCUGCUUGUGUUAUUUAUUUAAGUUUAGUUGGAGAAAUUGUCGUAGCUGGCUGCAAAUGGAAAUAAAAGUGAAGGAAAAGUGGAACAAAUGCCUUGAUGGCAGCAAUUUAUAAAAUCCCCCCCCAAACCCAAACCCAAACUGACCUAUGGAGGAGAUGGGAAUGGAAAUGGGGCUGGGGGAUGGGCGGAAUAGAUGCGGUGCCGCUGGCGACGCCGUCAAUGAUUGCCAAGCUAAUGGAUUUCUGUUUACUUUUUCACUUAGAGCGGGCGCCAAGGAGGAAAAGCAGCAGGAAAAGCAGCAGAAACAGCAGCAGCUGGAGCAUAAGGAAAAAACAAGGUUUUGAAAAAUAGCGCAAAAGAAAUUAGAGAAAAGCGAAAGCGCACAGCUAACUUUUCUAACCAAAAAAAAAAAAGAAACGGAAAAGAAAAAAAACAAGG